CUUUGGUGGUUGCGAUUUUCUCUCUGAAUUCUACAAGAUUUUCCUCCCUUAAAGCUCUACUUUUUUUGUUUCUUCUCCCUUCACUUUCUAUUUCCAAAAGAUUGUUACUUUCUCUCUACACACUCUCUCUUCAAUUUCUGUUCUGGAAACCCAUUUCUGUUCUUGUCUUUUGCUCCUUGAAUUUGUGUUUCUCAUGCCCAGAAACGAAUUUUGCUUCUCUGUUCUCUUCACAUUUGUCGUAGCGUAAUUGGCUCUCUCUUUGUUCUUUUUCCAAUUAGCUUUUACCUUCUGCUAUUUAUCUGCCGAGGCUUCAUCUGAUAAGAAGUUGGUUUUCUGGGCACUCCUGGGGAGAAUUUGAAGCUCAACUUUUGUCAAAAUUGGCAACAACUUUGGGAUUUGCAUCGAGUUUGUGAAUUGAAAAGGGUGCGGCGAUGCUAUGUUCUUAAGGCAAGUUUAUGGAUUUAAUUUGGUAAUGAGUUUGUGGUUUUGGAAGGCUUUGUAGACUCUCUCUCACGGGACAUGAUAUAAGUGUGAUAAGGGUGAAUUUGGCUGAUCAUUUGAAUUGUUUGGCUUUUACUCAAUAGCCGUUCAUAGAACUUUCUAAAGAUUCACAUUCAAGUGAUAUGAGGGUGAAUUCAGUUGAUAUAUAGGACUAUAGGGAGUGAACUCAUAAGACUUUUUGGGAUUUCACCAAGUAGUUCUGACGGUUCCGUCUUCUAAAAGUAAGGGUUGUGAUUGUCUGGCUGUUCUGGAGUGCAUAAUAAAUAUUGUCAGGGCCCUCAGAAUGGGGUCCUGCUUGUCUGUGGAAAGCAGGAGCCCUAUGCCUGGUUCACCGUCCUCUCCUGGCUUUGGGGUCAGGAAAAGGAAGAACUCCAAGAAGCGGCCAGGGUCACGGAAUUCUUCCUUCGAUUACCGGAGGGAAGAACCACUGCACAGGAUUCUAGGGAGGUUGUUCUUGAAUGGGUCAAGUGAGAUUGCUUCAUUGUUUACCCAACAAGGCAAGAAGGGGACCAACCAGGAUGCCAUGAUUGUCUGGGAGAACUUUGGCUCGAGGACAGAUACGGUUUUCUGUGGCGUUUUUGAUGGCCACGGUCCUUAUGGUCAUAUGGUUGCAAAGAGAGUGAGAGAUUCUCUUCCUUUGAAACUGAGUGCUCACUGGGAAGUGAAUAUAACCAGCGAGGAUGUUUUGAAAGAGAUCAGCCUCAAUACCACAGGAAGCGUGAAUUCUGAAGACACUGCUUUGAUAUCUGCGGACGAGGAAUCUAGGUUGUCUGUCGAUCUUGAGGAUCCUGAAAAGCAACCAGAUAUAUUUCAGACGCUGAAAGAGUCUUUUCUGAAGGCUUUCAAAGUAAUGGAUAGGGAAUUGAGAUUCCAUGCAAAUAUUGAUUGUUUCUGCAGUGGAACAACAGCAGUAACACUGGUCAAACAGCGUCAACAUCUUGUCAUUGGAAAUGUUGGAGACUCCAGAGCUGUACUCGGUACAAGGGAAAAAGAUGAUUCCCUUAUUGCAGUUCAAUUGACUGUGGACCUCAAACCAAAUCUUCCAGCGGAAGCAGAAAGAAUUCGGAGAUGUAGAGGGCGUGUCUUUGCUCUGCAGGAUGAACCUGGAGUAGCCAGAGUCUGGCUGCCAAACUAUGACUCGCCUGGCCUUGCCAUGGCACGGGCUCUUGGAGAUUUCUGCCUAAAAGAUUUUGGUCUGAUUUCUGUGCCAGAGAUUUCUUAUCGGUGCAUAUCGGAGAAGGAUGAAUUUAUCAUCUUGGCUACAGAUGGGAUUUGGGAUGUCCUUUCAAACAAGGAAGCAGUGGACAUUGUAGCAUCAGCACCUGCACGUUCCUCUGCUGCUCGUACCUUGGUUCAGUCCGCAGUUCGAGCUUGGAGAUAUAAGUACCCGACUUCCAAAGUUGAUGACUGUGCUGUAGUUUGCCUGUUCCUGGACUCAAACACAAACAAUGUAUCUACGGCUUCAAAUGUAAAGUCCCAAGAGCAGCCAAUUUUAGCAGACGUAGUUGAUGGGGGCCGCGAGAAAGGCAAUGGUCUCUCCAGUCCAACUGGUCUGGAUCGUUCAGGUACUGAAGACUUCUUGAUGCAAGAUGAAACACUUAUAGAAUCGGGGAUAGAGUGGUCUGCUCUAGAAGGAGUGUCCCGUGUCAACACACUAUUGAAUCUACCAAGAUUUGUGCCGGGGAAGGAGGACGAGAAGGCAACCAAGGGAAAGAAGGUUUGAUUGGUUUCUGUAAGAACAGAUGGACGAAAUCAACAAUGAAACUUGCUCCAAGACACGUUGCGUAGUCAUUAUCCUUAUAAGACAAUAUUUGCAUUCACAGAUUUGUAUACAAAAGUGUUCAAUAAAUUUGACUCCAGGAUGCAAUUAAUUUU